AUGCUAUUUGACGAACGUGAAGAAACCCUAAGAGAGGUGUGUGCACUUGGAAAUACAAAAGCUGUGCAACACUUUAUUCAUGGUGGUGUCAAAAUCAACUCCCAAAACAAGAUGAACGGAUGGACUGCAUUACAUUGGGCAAGUCAUCGUGGACAAGAAGAUAUUGUACGACUAUUACUUAGUAAUGGAGCCGAUCCCACCAUCAAGACCAAUAAAGGACAAACGGCAUUGGAUCUAUGUAGUGAUCGAUAUCCCAAUAUAUUAACCAUGCUUGAAUCACAACAAGUAGAACGAACGUCUAUUGGACCUGAACCUUCCUUACCCAUUGUACCUGCUUAUAUGAAAGAACCUGAUUUGGAAAAAUCCUGGUUGAUGCCUGAUGAAUUCUCAGAAAACAAAAUAGAUAAAGUGAUUCGACAGGAAACAGCCAAAGAUAUGUUGAAGAACGAAGGCGACAAAAAAUCAACCGCGUCACCCACUUCUCAAACGUCAAAAAAAGAAGUACUGGUUUAUUUGAAAACAAGAUCUGAUGAUAGUAUCCUUGGAAGUGUAUUUUUAAAGAAUGAAACGAUGACAACAAUUAUUGAGCAACUGAAAGAUGUAAAGUGA